UCGUCGUGUGUGGAGCAGCUUGGCUGAAGUUUGUGCAAUUUGUUUGCCCAAUUUGAUGUAUUCGUGGCGUUAAAACGUGUGCAAAAGUUAGUGCGAACGUUGUGGCCCACUUUGGGGUAAUUUCCGCGUACGAAAAGUGUACUUUGGAAGGUGAGAACGGUGUUUGAAAAAUGAAACCUACCUUCAGUGCUGUGGAAGUGAAUUUAUGAAAAGUAAUGCAAAAAGCUAGUAUGAAAAUUGAAGCAUUUCCAAAACGUUCGAAAAAGAACAAGUGUUAUUGAAAAUUGUAGGCAAAGCUUGUGUUGAAAUAGUGUAAAACCAAAAUCGUAAUUGACUGGAAGAAACACGAGAUGCGUUCACAACAGGUGAAGAAGAAUGGUCGAUUCGUGUCCGCUGGCUGUCGCUGAGAAUGUCCGUCUUCAUUGUGGCACCAACGGCAACUACAGCAGCGGCAAUACCAGUAGCGACGAAGACCAUCAUCGGAAGCAGCUGGAAGUGAUAAAAAUGAACAGUGCAAAUGUGUUGGAGGCUGAAACAUCGUCACCCGUCGAAAUUGUAGAGGAAAUCUAUCUCAACGAUCAGCAGCACCACGGUAAUCUAAUUAUCUUGUCGGAAACGGAAGAGGACGAUCAGGAGAAUGGUGAUGGACCGGAUGAGGAUGAAUCUGGUGUGAUUGUAAUGGGAGGUUCGUCCGAGUGUGAUCGGGGAGAUAUCCUUACUAAUUGUCAAAGAAAAGAUCAUUCGCAGCAGAAGGAUUCGCAGAGCGAAGCAGCAGAGCAACCAGUCGAUAAAGAACUUAAUGACGAUCUUGAGAUAAUAGAACUUUCGUCAACCCCUCCCUUAGAAACCGAACCUAAGCAGGAAGACGAUUCGGAAAACGUAGAAAACGAGGCUGAAACACAAUUUGUAAAUAAUAACGAUAGUUCAGCAAUUAAGCACAAACAUACAGACGAUUUGGAAAAGAAAACUGCCAACAACGUUGUUCUGACGAAUUGUAUAGUACGGACGACGUCACAGGAAUCUCUAAAGGAAGAAGGUCAGAAUUCUUCCAAGCGAGAAGAGAUGGGUGUUUCGGAGGAGAAUCGAAAAGUCGAACCGCUGAAAAUAAAUCUGAACCGGGAACCAAUCCGAACAAUAAUAAAACUUCCGCAAAGUUUGGGAUCUGCAUCCGAGCUGCAACCUUGUUCGCCCAAGAUCACAAUAAAACCUCUCAAACCACCACCAGCGUCACAAGAUCCCGAUGCACCAGCUGUCAACAGCAUUCCGAAGUUAACCAUCAAACCUAUCGUGAAUCCUGAAGAAUGCAGCACAAAUACUUCUGCAUCAUCUUCCGACCAAAUGCAAAUCAUUCCCAAAUUGCACAUCAAAAAUCCUCCCUCGGACAGUUCCGGUGCAGACGGAGCUGAGCCACACAUUGUGCCUAAGCUUACGAUUCGCGGCGUCAAUCAUAGCAAUCUGUCUGCUGGAACUUCCGGAACCAGCAGUAGUGAGACGGCGUCCGGUUCGACAACGCAGAAUUCCUCCAGCAGCUCAUCGCCUCCGAUGGUUCCUAAACUAACAAUAAAGAAGGAUAAUCAUCAUCACCACAGCAGUCAUCAUCAUCAUCACCAUCAUCAUUCGCACCACAAUAACCGGGUGGUGACCAAGGAAGACGAGUCAACAUCAUCGACAACUCCUCCAACGAUACCGAAGUUACACAUCAAAGCAAUACCGGAACCGCCAGCAUCAUCAGCAUCGAGCUCUAGCGGAACUAGCGGCUCCAGUUCUGGCCCUGUGCUUACCAGUUCCGAAGGUGUCAAGCUUACGAUCAAACCAAUUCCAGAACCUCCAUUGCCAAAACUAACCAUCAAAACAAGUUCCCUGGACAGUAGCGAUGCCGCCGUAGUGUCAUCCACUAGCAGCAGCUUCUCCCCAAAACUUGUAUCACCUCCGCCAGCGUCUCCAAGCGAUCAACAUUCGAGCAUUACGUCCACCAUUCCUAAGCUUACUAUCAAACCUAUUCCCAAACCGCCACCGGUUGUGCCCCGAGAUCCGUCUGAAGUACCAAUUCCUAAGCUGACUAUCAAACCGAUGCCACCGAAGCCGGCUGCAGCCUCCGAAGAUAGCUGCUCAAGUGAAACCAGUAUUAACUCGCUAGAAUCCUCACCAAUCUCGUCGUCUUCAUCGUCGGCUCCAAGUUCGGUCAUCAACUCGCCGUCGGUGGUUCCCAAAUUGACUAUCAAGGUACCAAAAGAAGGGGAUUCCGUGGUAACUUCCCUACCACAACUUACCUCUACCUUUAACAGCUUCACCGCAACAUCAACCGCAUCUACCAUACCGCCGAUUCCUGUCGUAACCAAGUUGAAUAUCAAACCUAUUCCUCCGCUAUCGCAUAAAUCAGCACCAUCGCCGUUGACUUCGGCGACCUCACCUCCCAAGCAAGAGCAGCAACCACCGAAGAAGGAACCGCAGAUUACGGUUAACAUUGCUUUGGAAGAGCCGGAACCAAUCAUCAUUUCGAAAAUCACCAGCAAAACCGUUCCCGGUAUGAAAUGUCACGAUGUCGAAACGCAUGACGCUGCAUUAAAAUCGCUGAAAGCGGAAUCUUCGCCGUCGACGACGGCAACAUCGAAAGUCGACCCGUCCAACAGUUCAGAAGGGCCCGUACCGAAGCAACCAUUGGAGGUAACAACGAAUUCCAAAUGUUUGGAUUCCGGCUCAGAAUCGCCACGGAUUAUUCUCAAAAUCAACAAAGGAAGCUUGUGCGCGAAAACGAUUGCCGAUCCGGUCAGCAAAUCGGCGGAAGAAAAUGUAUCCAACGAGUUGAAAAGACCGGCUCCGGAGUCCGCUAAGAAGGAAACCUCCGACGCGUCGGAGAGUAAGAAAAUUAAAAUGACAUUUAAUCACCAGUCUAGCGCGUAUGGUGCAUUAUCAAAACUUUCGAACUACCUAGAAAACGACGUGAUAGUGAUAGAUGACGACAGUAAAUCGGACUCUGUGGAAGAUACGGUAGAACGCAACGAGGUGGAAUGCCCCGUACCCAGGCCACCGCCGCUAACUCAAAUAGCAAGAAUGAACUCUAUCCAUCCGGAAGCACCGAAAAGCACGCCGCCGGUGCAGCAGCCGGUUUUCGAAACCGGAAACAAGCUGAAGGAAAUGCUGACCAAAGCUAAACGUCAGCGAAUGCCGGCCAUCGCAUCACCCCUGCUAGAUUCCGAAUCUCGUCCGAGGCGGGCAGCCGCUCUGCAAGCAAUUCCAGCGUCCGUACUGCUGCGGAGACAUCCGACCGUUGUGCCACCUCCACAGCCACCGACGGUGGUAGAGCCACCGUCAGCGAUUGCAGCAUCGAACAUCACCAGUGUGUUACUGCUAGAAAACGACGGUGGUUCAAGCUCAGACUGCAUGAUCAUUGACGAUCCGCUAACACUGGCUGAAAAGAAUGGCACUUCCAGCAACAGCAAUAGCAGCGGUUUCAGUACUCCUUCCACCAUCACCACCGCAACAAUCACUUCUGCUCCGUUGAAUGCUGUUCCUUCGCUGAUCACAACUCCAGUCGGGCUACCAAUUAUCCUUCCUCCGAAAGUCCGCAUGAGCACCCGUAGCGGUGCCGGGACACAACCAGUCGCUGCUAAGGAAAUGCCCAUGCAAAAAGCUCCGGACAAAGACUCCGGUUUGGAUGAGGGCAAACCGGAAACGGAGGAUUUACCUACGCCUGCAAAGCGACCACGCGGACGACCAAAGAAAUCGACCCUUAUCCGAAAGGUGUUGGAAGAAGUGCCGCCUCAACCCGUACCCGAUCCAGCAGUGGAAGCUAACGGCAGUACGAGUUCCUCCGAACUACCACCAAUGAUACCUGAUUUGUCGCUUUCGAACGAAAUUCGUGUUUCACCCCGAAUAGUGCUGAAACCUCUAACCCCAUCUCGGUUGGAGGGCAAAACGUCUCUCUCACCGGCAGAGAUUCCCAACCUAGCAGCAGCAGCCCAUCCGGUAGCACCCAUAAUACCCGCUACCGGGGAUGCAUCCAGCUCAGCACGUGAUCCGCUCACCGUAGCGGAGGUGAAACCCCUGGUGUGCGACGCUACGGAACCCGUAACUCCAAGACCCCGAGGUAGAGGCCGUGGUCGUGGUCGCGGCCGUGGACGAAUCUCCGCAUCUGCCAGAGGUGCAAAAUCAGCACCACCAGCACCCGUAAUCAAUGAAGACGGUGUUGUUCUGCCGCCAUCGACGGACUCCCUCAUGGCAACACCCGUUCGGGGUCGGGGUCGGGGCCGUGGACGGGGUCGCGGCUUGGGACGCGGUCGUGGUCAAGGGCCUGGUCGCGGCCGAGGACGCGGUGGUGGUCGUGGUCGAGGACGUGGUAAUUGGCGUUCGAAGUCUGCCAGCCCGCAGAAAGCUCCUCGCAGUCCGGUGAAAAAUGCCACACCAGAUUUCAACGCCUUUAUGACACCGGACGGAACGGACAUCCACCGGCGGAAGCUGCAGUUCCAGGCGGUCUUCCCGGCGGCAGUUACCACCGGCAACAGUACGAACGCGGGGCCACAACUUUUCGAGGAGGACACCCGAAUGAGCGGCGAUUUCAACUUCACCACUCCGACGCGACUGGUCAGUUCCGGCGGUGGACCGAACGAGGAAUCGCAAAGUUCCUUCCUGAGCAGUGCAAGCGUAACCCUGGACAACACCAGCGCUACUAUGCAGACAAUCAUCUCAUCAGCAACGAGCAGCGUGCGGAAGCCGAAAGCGAAAAUGGAAGUCGGAGAUAUCAAUGGUCAAACGGAGUUUUCGGUGGAAAUGAUCGCAGAAUACGAGUGGCCUCGACCAACGGCGGUUAACCCCCGCUGUCACGGUGAUGCGUUUAUGAUUCAAGAGCAGAUCGCCGAGUACCUAGGGGUGAAGAGUUUUAAGCGGAAAUAUCCGGACUUGAUGCGAAGGCCCGUCGACAUGGAGGAGCGUAACUACAUCAUGGAGCAAGGAAUGGUUUCGGAAAAAAUGUGUGAUUUAGGACUGACUGCCGUGUACGCUUCGGAAAUUCUGGACAUCAUGAGCAAUGAUUAUCCGGAUAAGUACGAGGAGUACAAACGAUAUCAGCGGGAAAAACUGUAUCGCGAUCGACAGAAGUACUUGCGAACGGCAGCGGCAGCCAUUGCAGCCGAAGGCGUUGAUCGAAGCCAAAUUCAGAAAGAAAGGGCGAUUCGAUCGGCUGCCAGUUGGAAUACCAUGAUGAAUAAAGAACGAAAAGAUAUGCGGCAAUCGAGCAUGGACCUUCAGACGUACACUGUGCAGGUGCCUCGGGGACAGCAAAACUUACAACUGGAUAGGCCUGUUGAGCAAGCUUGUCACUAUCCCGUUGCACUUGUACCCGGACAAUUUUCAGAAUACUACAAAACUUACACGCCGGAAGAAUUAGCGUGUUAUCCAAUCAACACAGCACUUUUGGAACCGUCCCAUUUGCAGGAAAUUCUGCAAUCGGAUCGAUACAAGCAAUUGCUGGCGGAGAUGACUGCGGAAAGUGAUAGUUGCAGUAGCAGCAGUAGCAGUAGCGAUGAUUCUGACAGUGACAGCAAUAGUGACAGUGGUAGUUCUGAUUCGGAGGAUGACUCUAGCAGUAGUGCAGAAGAUUCCGAGGAUUCCAACGCUCCGCUGAAGCGAACAGUGGUCAGGAGGUUGCCGUCUGUUAGCAGCAGGUUGCAAGGUACACCACUUAAAGCAACCGUUUCAGCGACGACCAGUUCAACUGCUUCGACGGUGGCAGCGGCGGCUGCUAAACCGGAGAACAAAAGCAAAUCGCAACUGAACCCGUACCUAUGUGCGGUCUGUCAGGGACCUCAGAACAAAAAUCAGCUGAACCAACCGGAACGCUUCAUUCGGUGUUCGAUUUGCCGGCGAAGAGCCCACCCGUCCUGCAUUUCAAUGUCGGCCAAGAUGUUCAAACGUGCUCUCGAGUACCCGUGGCAGUGCUCGGAGUGUAAAUCCUGCCAAAAGUGCCACCGUCGACAGAACGCCUCGCCAGCAGCAGCAGUGACGGACAGCAGCCGGAAAAUGGUGUUCUGCGACCAGUGCGACCGAGGCUUUCAUCUGAACUGCCUGGGGCUGCGUAACGUUCCCAAUGACCGAUGGCACUGCACGGUGUGCAUAAUAUGCAACCGCUGUGGCGCGCGAAGUCCGGAGGGGCAUCCGAAUCCGUACUUGACACCACAGCAGCGCGAUAAUCUGUCAAUGGUCGCCAGCUGGACGCACGAAUAUGCCAUCAAUGAGCUGACUCGAAUACGUGAGCACGUGGUGACGCUGUGUGUGCCUUGCGUGCGGCUACGAAAGCAACAGGAAGACGAACGGCGGCAAAGGUUACAGGAGUCGACCGAGCAGCAACCUCAAAUCGGUAACAACAACGCUAACAGCAGCGAUAGUGUUAUUCAUAGCAACAGCACUAGUGGUAGUAGUAAUAGUAGUAUUUCCGGCACUGGGAAAGAAGCAACUAUCGGUUGUAGCGGUAGUGCAAGUAGCAGUAAAACUAACAACAAAAGCACCAGCGGCAAUAACAACAACAAUAGUAUCGUUGUUGGAUCGACGACGACGAUGAAGGCACCGGUGAGGAUGGUUUCCGGUGCGCCAACGAAAACGCCUUCGAAAGCGGCAAAGGGGUGAGAGUAAUCAUGUUCCCGUUCUUUUUUUUAAUUUUAUUUUAAUAGUGAACAUUCAAAUCAUCGGUAAGAAUCUGAAGACGUUCGUUCUAGUUUUUCCUAUUUUUCGUGGUGGGCAGUUCGGAAACAGUUCGUUUAGUGUAAAUUUUAGAAUCGAAUCAUUUUGUACAAACAAAUAUUAUAAAUAGGUAAGAAGAGAAACGGAGAGUCGUUACGUUGUUUGUAGUUUUUUUUCUUGUUUUGUGCACUGCGAGAGCACCUUCUCUCAUCUAAGGUUUACUAUUCUUUUUUUGGUUGCGAUGAGGAAUUUGAAUAUCUGGAGUUAUGGUGCCAUCUGGUACAGUCCAAGAUUUUUGAAAAUAGCUCAUUUGGGCGGCAAAGUUUUUGACAUAUUUUAGGUAUGUUCAAUAAUAAAGUGGUUCAUAGAUAAUUUGUUCUUUUCAAAGUGUUUUCAGGAUUGUCAUCUUACACAUUGUGUUGUUCACCGAAAGGGAUUGAAAUUUUAUUUCACUGAAAGCAUUUACACCAAUACGUAGUCGGAAGUUUUUCGAUUAUCGUAUUAAACAUGCCAAUUUGUUUAGUAGAAACUGUAAGUUUUUACAGUUAUUGAAAACAAAAUUACGGACUUUAGCCCAAAGUAUGCUGUUUAACUAACUUUCGCUAGUAGAAAAUACGUUGUCAACCAGAUUUUGUUAACACACAACCAGAGCACAUGCGAACAUCUAUCACCCAACAGAUGAGUUCAAUUAUCACGUCGGGAGUGCUAUUCCUAAGAAUAGAGCGCAGCAAACUGAUGUACAGAACCCUUACCCGUAGGAUAAGAAUAAAGUUUUAGUUGCCGGAGAGCCGGAGAGAAAUUUAUUGUCUAUGGAAAUUGUACUAUCUAAUGGGAAAAAAUCUCAUCAAAUCUGUUUUUGUCGGUAAGUCCACACGAUUCAAACACACACAAGUAACUACUAUUGGCCACAAGCCACCUAUGUACAGAAUCGUACGGUAAACGAGCAAAAGGUUAAUUUUUAAUUUGUAGUUAAUACUACUUUUCAAAAGAGCAUGUACUGGUUUAAAAAUAGUAGCAGGAUGUUUAAGAGAGAAAGUAUGUUUUUUUCAUAUUUUAUGUAGGAAUGGGCGAACGUAUAUUCGGUCUAAUAUUUUAAUAUUGUAUAAUUGCAAAGAAAAACAUUAUUCUACGGUAAGUAUAUAUUGUUAACACUGACAAAAUAAUGUAAUAUAAACAAGGAUGUGCGCAUUGUAAAUAUAUCGUCGCAAAAGGAAAUUAAUACACUAGGUUAUAAAAUAAAGGAUACAAAAAAGCUAGUAAGCAUAAAAUGAAAGAAUACUACUUCUAACAAGUAUUAAACUCUUUUUUUUUCGGUGAGAGGCAGACUUUCGAACGCUACUUAGUGUGUAAAAAACGAUACUAUGAUGAGAAUGAGAGAAAAAAAGAAGCGUAAACAGAGAACGAACGAGCGAACAAAGCAGCAUUUUCGUAGCAAAAGGAAAAAUAGUCGUUAUUUUAGGAAACUUUUCUCUCUUUCGCUUCGCUCGGGAAAUCCUAGGAGGAGUUAUAAUUUCAUAAAUCAUAACCAACUGCUGGCUCCUAUAUCUAUCACUUUCUCACUCACGAGAUGAAUGAUAGGAAGCAAAACAAAACACACACACACACAAGACAACCAUAGCCUACUUAUCUACGUUUAGGAACAGCAGCAGCGCAAUCUGGGAGGUAAAAUAUUAUUUCGUAUUAUACUUUCGGAUUUUUUCUCUUAAUUAAUACAAAGGCGUAAGCGCAAAAGCGAUCUAGACAGAUUAAACAAAGGAAUAACAUUAAUAAAAAAGCAGUAGCUUGUAAUUUAUUAAA